AGCAGCAUCAAACGACACAGCUCCUACCAUGGGCCGCACAGUCUGGCAACCAAGUUUCAACACAGCAAGACCUUGAGACGACCCUCGGGAUCUUUCACUUACGUGCGGUGUGACAAGUGCAACAUGAACGUACCUCACCGAGUGCUGACCCCUGAGGACCCGCUGAAGUCCAUGUCAAGGUCAUUGGAAAGUGGCGAGCAUGCCGGGGAUUAUUUGGCCAGCGCACACUCCAGUUGUUCAGAUGCAAUCAACCAGGAGAACCCAGACUGGGACAAGAGGUCAAGUCUCCCACGGAUGAAAAGUUUCGAUGCCAUUGUCUUUGAUGUGCUCCGUGUGUCGCCGGAGGAUUUUGCUAGUCAAAUCACUUUGUUGGAUCUCCCAGUGUUCAAAUCCAUCCAACCUGAUGAGCUGACUUCGUGUGCAUGGACAACAAAAGAGAAACUGAUCAAAGCACCCAAUGUGGUGGCUUUCACUCGCAGGUUCAACCAUGUGAAUUUUUGGGUGCAGAAGGAGAUCUUGAACUGCCAGACACUGAAGACCAGGGCCGAAGUGCUGGCUCACUUUAUCAAGAUUGCCAAGAAACUACAGGACCUCAACAACCUGCAUGCUGAGAUGGCCGUCAUCUCGGCUCUACAGAGUGCUGCUAUAUUUAGACUGUCUCACACGUGGAUGAUGUUGUCCAAAAAGGACAAGAGCCUCUAUGAGAGAAUGGCUGACCUCUUUUCUGAAAAUAACAAUCGACAACGGUUGAGAGACUACAUGGAGUCAGUUAAACUUCCCUGUAUACCUUACCUAGGCCUGUACCUCACAGACCUCAUCUACAUCGAUGUGGCCCACCCCCACUCAGGGGGCAUGGAGAGCCAGCCCAGAAGGGUUCAGAUGAACAACAUCCUCCGAGUGAUUGCAGACUACCAGCAGUCAGAGUAUG